AUGGACAAGAUCGAAGCACUCGGGAGCUCAAUCGCUCAGAUCUCGCUCUAUGACAUCAAAUCGUACUACAAUCAAGCUAAGGCCGUGGUCCUAAACUACACCGAGAUGGAAGCAAAAGUCAGAGAUGCAACUAAUGACGACCCUUGGGGUGCAAGCUCGACCGUCAUGCAAGAAAUCGCUCAAGGGUAUGUAGAGAACCCUCCAUAUCAACAAUUCAAUGAGAUCAUGCCAACGAUCUACAAACGAUUCACCGAGAAGGAAGCUCGCGAAUGGAGACAAAUCUACAAAGCCUUACAACUACUCGAAUACCUGAUCAAGCACGGUUCUGAGCGCGUGAUUGAUGAUGCCCGAUCUCACAUCUCGAUGAUCAAAAUCCUCAGGAACUUUCAUUACGUCGAUGACAAGGGUAAAGACCAAGGCAUCAAUGUUCGCAAUAGAGCCAAAGAAAUUGCCGAGCUACUCUCCGACCUUGAUCGAGUCCGUCAAGAAAGAAGGAAAGCCAAGGCUGCCAAAAACAAAUACAUAGGAGUUGGUAGUGAAGGACCAUCGUUCAGCACUUCAGGGGGCUCCAAGUAUGGUGGCUUUGGAAGUGAUUCGCUCGGUGGUGGUGGUGGUGGUGGUGGUGGCGAUGACUGGAAUGGUGGCGGCAGUAGCAGUCGAGACCAGUAUGCCUCCGGAAGCAGCACAUUCAAGCAGAGCGAUGACUUUGAAGAGUAUGAUGCUGGUGAAUGGGAGGACCGACCAGCCGCAGGAGCUGGUCGAACUUCACCAUCGACCGCCCGUGGUAGCAUCAGCAGUAACCGGGCUCCCUCAAUAUCUGUCUCGAUGAAAAAACCGGCUCAAAAAGCCACCGCACCUCCACCUAAAGCCAAAGAGGUUGAUUUGUUUUCGAUGGGUGAUGAUGAUGACUUUGCAUCACCUGCAGCUCCCAGUUCGAUCAAACCUGCAGCCUCGGAGAAUGCCAGCGUCAGCUUGGAUGAUGAAUUCGAUGAUUUCCAAUCCGCCCCACCUGCUUCCAACUUUGGUGCUACUUCUCCACCGCCCGCUACCGGUGCAUCGUCAGGUGGAUACAAGCCGAAUGUGUUUGAGCUCUUGAGUGCAACUCCCUCUGCCCCCGCUCCAAUGUCGAACACCGGUGGCUCAAGCAUGUUUGGGGGCAACACCAACUCGAUGUCUAGUCAACCAGCGCCAGUCAACGCAAACAUGUUUGGCUCAUCAAUGAUGCAACCAAUGAUGAUGAACAACAAUCAAGCCAUGAAUGCCCAGGCUGCUCGACCUGGCCAAUACGGCAACACGACACCGAUGUCUUCGAACACCAACUCGACGAGCGCCAACGCUCGCGGGACGAGCUCAGCGAAGCCUGCCGGCGGCGACCAAUUCGACGACCUCUUCUCGUUUGCCGGCUUGACUAAUUCCAAGAGCAGCACCGCCGCGACUGGCGCUAAUGGCAAGCCCGCUCAGGCCAAGUUGAGCAUGGCCGCCAUGGCUAGAGAGCAGAGCAGCGCAUCCAUCUGGGGCGCCGCUUCGUCUACUUCUGCUGCUAAACCUCCCGUCGGGAUGGGUGCUCCCAUGGGCUCCGCUGCUCCGUCGGCCGCUAGUGGCUCGGCAUCUAUGGGGGAUAACAACGAUGACUUGUUGCUCUAA